AUGGAAUAUGCUGAGGAACCUGUAUAUUUUAUGGCCCCACGACGUCCUUUUCCGCCAAGAGCAAUGCAGCCAGGUUUCCCUAAUGAGUAUUUUCCUAGUCCAAGGCAAACCUUCCCCAAUUCAAAUACAUGGUAUGGGGGCUGGCAACAACCUUCAUCCUAUCCUCAGUGGUCCCAAAAUUACCAAUUCGGAACACAACUGUGGCAACAGGCAUGGAGGCCAAAUGUGCCACAACCUCCAUCAUACCCACAAUCGUAUCCCCAACCUUAUCUACCCCAAACUCAAUUUCCACCUCCACCUUUAAUAAAUCCUUAUCAACAACCACAACAAUUCCUUCCACCUAUUCCAUCAUCCUCCUCUAAUCCAAUACCUAACCCACCACAACCACCAAAGCCAACAUCAAUGCCCACUCAACCAAAUCCCAAUCCUAAUAAUAAGCCAUCCCAACCCGUGUAUAAUAAUGAGGUGGCAAGUUAUCCCACUUAUUCGGUUAAUACAGUAGAACUGGAAGGAGUACAAUUGAGGUCGGGAAAAGCCCUCCAAGGUCCCACAAUCAUAGAAAUAAAUGAAGAACCUAAAGCAGAGUCUGAAAAAGAACCUCUAUUUCCUGACCGGUUGCUUUCUAAACCUGCUAUCAAGGAUAUUCUGGUGUAUAAUAAAACAGUUCGAGAGUUAUGUACACGAAGGCAAAAGAAGAAAGAAGAUCCAAAAACUAUUCAAGUUAUUGGGCAAUUGGCGGAUCUUAUGCUUGGCAAUUUGACAAUUCCCAAAUAUGCAGAUCUCGGAAGCCCAGUCAUCCAGGUAAGAAUUGGUAAGAUUACUAUACCUAAUACACUUGUGGAUUUGGGUGCUGCAAUUAAUGUGAUGACUAAUGAGACCAAAACAAAAUUAUCUCUUGAAGGACUUAGGCCCACACCUACAGUUCUCCAAAUGGCUGAUCGUUCACUGGUCAAGCCUGAAGGGGUUAUUGAAGAUGUGGUCCUUUCUAUUGAUUCAUGGGAUUUUCCAACUGACUUUAUGAUCUUGCAGCCGAAAGUUAAGCUGGGGGGAUAUCCCUUAAUCUUAGGAGGACCUUGGCUAGCUGCUGCUAAUGCUUUUAUCAACUGUCGGUCAUGUAAUAUGGUUAUCUCUAAUGGAGAACAAACUAAGCAAAUAACACUAUAUCCACCUGCUCAACCCCUGUUAGAAACAGAAGAUCCUAUUUGGGUUGAUAGUGACUUGGAAGAUUCCUUACCGGUCCUAACUAUUGAACAAGCAUAUGAUUUUGAAGAACCCACAGAGGAUAACCUUCUUGUUAAUUUUCUUUAG